CUGAAGGCUGCAUGGUGGUUUCAGAAACUGCCUACUUAAUUUGAAAAGAACAAUGGUAGGAAAGGCUAGAUCUUCCAAUUUUACCUUAUCUGAAAAGCUUGAUUUGCUAAAGCUUGUGAAGCCACAUGUGAAAAUUCUUGAAGAACACACUAAUAAACAUUCAGUAAUAGUGGAAAAGAAUAGGUGUUGGGAUAUCAUAGCAGUUAACUAUAAUGCAAUUGGAGUAGACCGCCCUCCACGAACAGCGCAGGGCCUGCGCACCCUUUACAAAAGGCUCAAAGAAUAUGCCAAACAGGAGCUAUUGCAGCAAAAAGACACCCAAUCAGAUUUUAAAGGCAAUAUUUCUGAGCCAACCAAGAAAGUUAUGGAGAUGAUUCCCCAGAUUUCCAGUUUUUGCCUGGUAAGAGACAGGAACCACAUACAAAGUGCAAACUUGGAUGAGGAAGCACAGGCUGGUGCCAGUUCUCUGCAAGUAAUGUUGGAUCACCAUCCAGUUGCUAUUACAGUGGAGGUGAAGCAAGAAGAAGACAUUAAACCCCCUCCUCCACUGGUUUUAAAUUCUGAACAGAGUUACACUUUUGAGCAAAGAGAAGAACAUGAAUUAGUACAUCUUAUGGAAAGAUCUGUGUCGCCAUCACUUUCCUCUGUUGAUGUGAGAAUGACAUUGUCUCCAUCUUCUAUUCCAAGGAGAGAUGACUUUUUCCAUCAUGAGAAUGGAGGACACUUUAGGUCACAAUUAGGGUAUGACCCUCAGAUUCUGCAAAUGCUGAAAGAGGAGCAUCAGAUAAUUUUAGAAAAUCAAAAAAAUUUUGGAUUGUAUGUUCAGGAGAAGAGGGAUGGAUUGAAAAGAAGACAGCAGCUAGAAGAAGAGUUGCUACAAGCAAAAAUUGAAGUGGAGAAGCUGAAAGCAAUACGCUUACGGCAUGAUCUGCCUGAAUAUGAUAGCUUCUGAGUUUUUUUUCAGUCUCACAAUUUGAUAAUUUUAAUUUUGGCCAAAUUACUUUCAUUUGGGAACAUCUUAAAGCAGAAUACAUACUCUUAAAAAAGUAUUGUUAGUCUCAUUAAAAAAACUCUUGACAUUUUUUUCAAGAUUUUAUUUAUUUAGUUUUAGAGAGAGGGGAAGGGAGAGAGAAAGAGAGGGAGAGAAACAUUAGUGUGUGGGUGCCUUUCACUCGCCCCCUGACUGGGGACCUGGCCCACAACCCAGGCAUGUGCCCUGACUGGGAAUAGAACUGGUGACCCUUUGGUUUGCAGCUCGAGCUCAAUCCACUGAGCUACACCAGCCAGGGCAACUCUCGACAUUUUUUAAUUAUUUAAUUUUCUUUUUGAGAUAUUUUAAAACUUACUGAUUAGAUGGCAUGGUUGUAUUUUUUGGUCUUCCCUCAAUUUUUUUCCUAGGAGUCUAAUUGUUUGCCUUACAAAAGAUGUUAUAUUUUGAUCAUUAAAAUAUAACAUAUGUAAAUAUAUACACAAAUAUUCUUUCAAAGCUGUCUUCAUUUUAAAUUAGAUCUUUGAAAGCUGUAGUAGUUUAAGGUUUGUAAGUCACUGUAAUUUAGAAGCAAUACUAGUCUAUUAACAAAAACUUGUCUUUAUGACAUCGAUUUUUAUGCUUUCAUUUUUGAAAGGAUUAAGUCUUACGAUUUUAGUGAUUAAAGGUAUUUGGAGGUCACUUUUCCCCCUACCUCUUCAAUUUAGAAGCUAAUAAAACUGAAGUCCAGGGAGAAUUCAACUUACUUGAUAUAAAAAGCUAUUUAUGGCAGAGCAAGGACCAGCACUGAAUCUUUAUAAUUUUUCUCCGUGGUACUUCACAGAAGUAAAGAUCCACUAAAAUAUCCUCCAUGUAAAAAAUUGGAAGUGUUUGUUUCAUUAAAAUUGUUUUUGAAAUUGGGAGGUUAUGAAAUCAGGGGAAUUGUGUUAGUUACCCAAUCCUCCAUUUUGUUUUUUGUCCAGCAAAAUGAUAUUCUCUUGGAGCCAUUAUGUAUCUUGGCUGUAAGAUUUAAUGUCUUAAUUCAUUUUCAGUGUCUUAUUCUGAAAAAUAUUUCACAGUAAAAAAAUUUAAUGAACAAAAUUUAAAUUUUACAUAGGUUAAAAAUAGCAAAAAUAUGUUGAUGGUUUAAAUGAUAUUCUGUAAUAUGUUUUGUAAAUAUUGCUAUUCUAGUAUUUGUGGAAAUAAAACAUUCUUAAAGCACACAUACUAAGUUUAAAUCUUUAGUAUAUAUAUUACUUAAGGAUUUUUAUUUUGGCUGGGGCUUUGUUGAGGAAGGAUUUUUUAAGCCAAGCUUUUGAAUGGGGUAGGUAUAAUUUUAGCAGUACAGUGGAUGGAGAAGAGGUGUUUAAGUCAAAGUGAACAGGAUGGAGAAAGGCUGAGAAUGGGGAAGAGUGGAACAUUUGUGUACAAGCACAAAUACAGCGCCAAGGCAGAUGACUUUACCUGAGCGUAGAGGGCCAGUUAGGGCAGUGGUAGCCUGAACUAGGAUGUCUCCCUUGACUGAAUGGGGUAGCUACUGUUUAGCUCCAGGAGAAUUUUCACAUACAAGCGUUAGCCAGACAUCUGUAUUUUAUGUGACAAUUUCCCAGUUUUAAGAUGUUUGCAAAGAAUUUAAAAUGUUAAAACUGCACAGACAAAACAUGUGAGUGGACCUUAUUCAGCCAGGGGGCUUCUGGUUUGUGGCCUUUGGAGUAGGGCCGUGGUUCACCAAGAGUAGAUCCUGACUAGUAGCCAUCAGCAUCGCUUGAGAACUUGUGGAAAAUGUAAACUCAUACCUUUUGAAUCAGAAACUCUGGAGGUAGAGUUCAGCAAUCUUUUAACAAAUCCUAUAUUUUGGAACCUAGUUCAGUGCCUAAAUCCUACUAGAUUCUCAAAAAAAUUUGUUGAAAAGUAGUAAAGGUGAAUUAAGGGUUAUCAAUUUUGAAGUUGGUGCCAGAUUAUAGAUUAUAUUAAACACUAUUUUUGAGAAAUCAAACCUGAAUGUACAGUGGGAAGCCAUGGAUGCCUUUUGAUUAAGAGAGAGAUAUUAGCGCUCCAAGUUAUUGUCUUUUAGGAUGGGUAUUGUAGUGAGAGUAAGUCUGAAAUUUAGGUUAUGGCUGUAGAAAUAGAAAUAAUAAAAUAAAAUGGACUGUUAAGGUAUUACUUUAGGUUGUUGAAU